UUUGUGUACCUGUCAGUCAGCACCUACCAAGUAUUUUCCUAAUUAAAAUUUCGCCUCGUAAUUAGGCUUUAAGAUAUAAUUUAAACUGCGAUAACCUUAUUAAAUUUCGCAAUGACUUCUGCUUCGUCGAGCAGUGCGCGAUGUCUUUUUGCCGAGUCCAAACAGAGGUUAGCUGAGCGAGUGCAAGUGAACAUGAAUAAUAUUUCAUCCCUGGCCCGCCAGAUCCAGCGAGGAUCAAAAUCUAAUGAGCUCCUUUCCAAAGCAGCGCGGGAGUUUGUAACCACAGAGCACCUCAUGGAAAGCACAGAAGAGAAUUUGAAGAAGAUGCAACUGAUCUCCGUACACAUGGGCUACCAGUUCGAGAACAUUCACAAGUCUGCGCAGAUGCUCACGCAGAUUAGUGAGCAAGUCGCUGCUAUGCAGAGAUGAUGAUGUUGUUGAAUAUUAAGGCUUUCAUUUUGCUAUUAUAGUACUGCUGACGACAGCACAUCAAGCUGAACAAAUUACUGUCUUGUCUCGUUGUGAUAGAGGCUAAUUUGCAACUAAUAUGUUUUUUCGUUGCUU